UCCAGAUAUAGCUUUGAUGAGUCAGCUUAUCAGAUGUUCGAAAUGAUGAGGUUUACAGUGGAAGAGAUUAAUAACUCUUCCACCCUCUUACCUAACGUCUCACUCGGCUAUGAGAUCUUUGACCACUGUUCGGGUAUGCAGAAUUUUCCCUCAGUGCUCAGUUUUAUCUCUGAGAACGGAUCGGUCCCAGUUCUGAGAUAUUUAAACAAAUAUAGGCCUAAAAUAAUUGCUGUGACAGGGCCAUACGAAAGCACUAAUACGAUUACAGUGGCACCUUUCUUUAUGCUGGGCCUUGUUCCAAUGGUCAAUUAUGGAGCAUCAACUUAUAGUUUGAGUAAUAAAAAACUGUACCCUUCUUUUUUAAGAACAGGGCCUAACAACAAACAUUUGAUUGAUAUUAUUAUUCACAUUAUUAAAUGGUUUGGAUGGAACUGGGUCGCUUUUAUUGGGAGUAAGGAUGACUACAGCCAAGAUGGCCUGAAUUUUUUUGUCCGGUAUGCCAAAGGAAAUAAUAUCUGUUUGGGCUAUCAGGAUUUACUAAACCAAUCCUCUGACUACAAUUCCACACUGAAUACAAUUGAAAAACACAACAUUAGAGUAAUAGUGGUUUUUUCAUCUAAUGAAGUAGCAACAAAUAUAAUCAGAGCAGCUAUAAAGAGUAACAUCAGAAAUAAAGUUUGGAUUGCGGGUGAGGGAUGGUCGUUGAAUAAGCACCUACCGAAUGAACCAGGAAUACAAAACAUUGGGGACAUUUUCGGCAUUACAGAAACGCUCAUUUCUUUUCCUGGAUUUAAGAAGUUCCUCGACAACAGACUGAGUAGCAGCAAUGAUAAAUACUUGAAAGGUGGUGAAAUGUAUCUUUCCCAUCGAGAAGAAUUAAUGUGCAACCAAAAGUGUUUUAACUGCUCCCUUUUGAGUUCAGAAGAAAUUUUUAAUGAAAAUCCAACAUUUUCUUUUCCGAUUUAUGCUGCCAUUUACACUAUGGCAAAGGCAUUACACAAAGUUCUACAAUGUGAUGCAAAUGUUUGCAACAAAAGCAUUCCAGUUUACCCCUUUAUGCUUUUAAAGGAAAUAAAGACGCUGAAUUUUCUUCUUAAUGGCCGAACAGUUAAGUAUGAUCAAAAUGGAGAUUCGCCUGUCUUUUAUGAUGUGGUCUUCUGGCGUCUGGAAGCCCAGCCUGCAGUCUUUGAGAGAAUCGGCACAUACAAUACAUAUCCAAAACUAACUUUCACAAUCAACAACACCCUUAUAGGCUGGGACAGGGCUGCCUCUGUACCUUUUGCAAAUUGCUCAGUUGAAUGUCCAAACGGAUUCAGAAGGGAAGUGGACCGAAAUCAUGCAUGUUGUUUUCGGUGUACGACGUGUAAAGUAAACACCUAUGUAAACAAUACACAGGAGCCUGGACAAAGGUUUCAUCCUUCAGCGGGUUAUAAAGUUACUUUCCGCCAGUUCAUUUCAGGGCUUGAGAAAACCCAAAGCGAUGUUAAUGCGCGCCUCUCGCCUUUUCAGCUCUUAACCCCGGUGCACACAGCCAAACACAGCCUAUUGUGCGUCUGCACCAAAAUAAAGACUCUUAAAUAA